AUGAGCUUCUUCCCAAAAUCUUUAAAAAGUAAAUCUGCUGGUGAUAUCGUUAUUUUAGCAGCCAAAAGGACACCUAUAUCUAGAUCAAAAAAAGGGCCAUUAGCUAACUCUUUCCCAGAGGAAUUAUUGAAGCAAGCAAUUGAAGGAACCAUAAAUGCAAGUGGUAUUGAACGCGGGCUCGUAGAAGACGUACUAGUGGGCACUGUUCUUCAAAAUCUAGGAGGGCAAAAAGCUUCAGCUCUUGCAGUGAAGUCACUAGGUUUUCCUCCGUCGACAACGAUCAAUACCAUAAAUAGGCAAUGCUCUUCCUCAGCCCAAGCUUUAACAUAUAUGGCAAAUUCGAUAAGAUGCAAUGACAACAAAAUUGCUAUUGCAGCAGGGGUAGAAUCAAUGACCUUUGAUUACUUUCCUCACAGAGGAAUCCCAACCAGAAUAUCCCCUCAUCUUUUAAGUACUGCAAAUCAGGAAUCAAAAGAUGUUCUUAUGCCAAUGGGAAUUACUUCAGAAAACGUUGCUAAGAAAUAUGGUAUCAGUAGGAACGACCAAGAUUUAUUUGCGUUUGAAAGUCACGUCAAGGCCCUGAAAGCCCGAGACUCUGGCCAUUUUGCAAAAGAAAUUGUACCGGUCGUGACGCAUAUCCCCUUAGACGAGGAGGGAAAAUCAUUUAAAACUGAAGUAGUAACAGAGGACGAUGGUAUAAGAAGCAGUAUUUCCUUAAAAAAAUUAAGUGAAUUGAAGCCUGUUUUCGAUGAGAACGGAACUACUACUGCUGGAAACUCUUCACAGAUAUCAGAUGGUGCAUCCGCAGUCUUGAUAACAACAAGGGAGGUUGCUGAAUCUUUGAACCUUAAGCCAGUUGCUAGGUAUAUAUCCAGUUCUGUUGCUGGCGUGGAGUCCAAGUAUAUGGGAAUUGGGCCUGCUGUCGCUGUUCCUAAACUUUUGAACAAAUUAGGAUUGGGUGUUAAUGAUAUCAACUUGUGGGAAUUAAAUGAGGCAUUCGCAUCUCAAUCGUUGUACGUUAUUGAUAAAUUGAAGAUUGAUCCAAAGAAAGUAAACAUAUUUGGCGGUGCAAUUGCAUUAGGGCAUCCACUCGGCGCCACUGGCGCUAGAUGUAUUUCUACAUUAAUAAAUGCUCUUGAAACAACUGGAGAGGAGGUAGGUGUGGUAUCCAUGUGCACUUCCACUGGACAAGGUUAUGCUGGUCUAAUCGUAAAAGAAUGA